AUGUCCUGCUCACCGCAACUGCCGCGGGAACAAUCUGAUUCCAGCGACUACGGAUCGGAUUUCUCUCCUGAAGAAGACGAGCUACUAAACGAGCUACUCGCCCAAGCCAUCGCGGAAAACGCGACUAUCCAUCCCAACGCCACCCCGACCUCGACCUCAACCUCGACCCCGAUCCCUACAGCCGUGCCGGUAGCACAUAAUACAAACGGGGUACUGUUACCGGACCCCUCAGAUAUCGAGACUUUACAACCUGCGACUCUCGCGGCGCUCGUCGCGGAUAUUGAAGAUGGUAUUGAGAAUGCCCCGGGUGUCCGGCUGCCUAAAGUGCUGGGCCGGGAGAAGCCUCGUUCGCCAUGGAGACAAUCGAGUCAAGGUCUUUGGGUCGGCCCGCAAGCUGCAAGGGGAUCUGCAGAUAGGGCAAGUCCGGGACCAAACAACAGGUCCAGCCCGCUUGAGCGGGAGCGCAGUGCUGCACGUGAGUUGAUUUGGACACAAGAGGCACAGGCGGCUGCUACGAUCGACACCAGGUCUCCCGUGGAGCGGUUCAGACGCCCACCAAAUAAGUCCUUCUCUGUAACUGACUUGGUUUCGCCUGCUUGGUGUGAAUUGCAGUAUUGGUAUACUUUGACCAAACAUGGAAGGAAAAGAAGAACACCUGCCAUGAAACAGGGCAGCAUCGUGCACAAGACCCUCGAGGACGAGAUAUACACUACCGUGCCAGUCGACAUUACGACCAAAGAGGAUGCAUGGGCCCUCAGGAUAUGGAAUGUAAUUCAGGGACUGCGGCUGCUGCGUGAAUAUGGCAUCACUCGCGAACUGGAAGUUUGGGGCCUCAUCGACGGAGAGGUGGUUAAUGGAGUGAUUGAUCAGCUGUCGUACGAAUGUCCAGACUCCAAGUUCGAGGCAACAGCUGUGAGGUUUUAUGAAGAUGCAGCAAAAUCACGGGCCGCCUUGCCUGAAUACCAGGUGUCCUUGUCGGACUAUUUGCUUUCUUCCUCCCAGGGCGGAAAGAGGCUUGAAGACCUUGCUGAGCACCAACCCGUGGAGGAAUUUUACCCCGCCGAAGAGGAAUCCAUGGCUGUUUAUGACCUGCCGAGGAUAUACAUGACAGACGUGAAGACCAAGGCGAAUGGAUCGGCUCCUACAGUAAAGAGCACAUCUUUCCGGCCGACACUCCUGCAAUUGCAAUUGUAUUACCAUAUGCUCAACCGUCUUAUUACGAGCGACGAUGUCACAAUUUACGUUCUUGCAGAACGAUACGGUUUCGAUCCAGAACGUCCAUUUACUGAUACGUUCAUAACUGAAGUUGGUGGGUUGAACGCUGAGUUUUUUGAUGCCGAGUCCUCCCCAGAGCUUGAUAUGGAUGAUGCUAUAAGGAGGUCUUCUGGGUCCGCAUCGGUAUCGAGCCCCUCCGAAGCUAGUCAAGACUCAACAAGCGUCCUCUUGACACAUGGAACUCUUGCACGCCUAUGGGAAUACAUGAAAGAUGAACUCCGUGUUACAUUCCUACCCGAAUCUUUAUCAACCUCGCCCCCUGUCGCGCCAUCUAUCCCAUCCCACACCCAGCCGGAUAUGCUCAAGGAGUACCCGACUCUCCUUUCUCCUGUUCUCACGGCACGAUAUGUGUCCUCGGCCCCGACGACUGAUCCCCAACCCCGGCAUAUUGGAAGUAGAUCUUUCUUUUACGAUACCGACACCAUGAGUUCCUACAUUACUGAACAAAUGGAAUGGUGGCGCGGCCAGCGUGAUCCUCGUGGCGUUGAAGUCAUGGAGGCUUGGAAAUGUCGUUUCUGUGACUUCAACGAGGAGUGCACUUGGAGACAAGAGCGGGCAUUGGAAUAUGCCAGACGAAAUAGCAGGGGCAGGACGAGUGCUUCAGCAGAUAUCUGA